GGCCGUCACGCGGGUGUCGCGCGCCGUCGCGGCGCAGCGGCGCGGGGGAAGAUGGCGGCGGUGACGGCGCGAUCGGCGGCGGCGGAGGCCUGGGGGGGGGCGGGGCGGGGGGGGUGGGCGGCGGAGCCCGUGAGCACCGGCACCACCAUCAUGGCCGUGGAGUUCGACGGGGGCGUCGUCAUCGGGGCCGACUCCCGCACCAGCGCCGGGUCGUACGUGACCAACCGGGUGACGGACAAACUGACGCCCGUCCACGAGCGCAUCUUCUGCUGCCGCUCGGGCUCCGCCGCCGACACGCAGGCGGUGGCCGACGCCGUGGCCUAUCAGCUGGCGUUUCACAGCGUGGAGCUGGAGGAGCCGCCCCGGGUGCGGACGGCCGCCCGCCUCUUCCAGCAGACCUGCUACCGCUACCGGGAGGAGCUGAGCGCCGGCGUCAUCGUGGCCGGCUGGGACCCACGGCGCGGGGGGCAGGUGUACGUGGUGCCCAUGGGGGGGAUGCUCCUGCGGCAGCCCUUCGCCGUGGGGGGCUCGGGCAGCUCCUACAUCUAUGGGUUCCUGGACGCCGCCUUCCGGCCCGGCAUGAGCCGCCCCCAGUGCCAGGAGUUCGUCGCCCGUGCGCUGGCGCUGGCGAUGGCGCGGGACGGCUCCAGCGGCGGCGUGAUCCGCCUGGCCGCCGUCACCCAGGCCGGGGUGGAGCGCAGGGUGCUGGCGGGCCCCGACCUGCCGGGGGGCGACGGCGGCCCCCCCGCCUGAGGGGACCCCGAGACCCGGGGGGGGACCCCGAGACCCGGCGGGACCCCGGAACGGGGGGGUGUGGGGCAAUAAAUGGCGCCGUGCACUGCC